AGUUUUUAUCACAAACCUAUAUAUAUAUUAUAUAAAGGCCUUAUUGCAUUGCUAUUGUAAACACAAUUCUGAAAUGGCAUCGGUUCGAAGUGUUACUAGUGUAUCAAAGUCCAAACAUCUUUGCAGUUUGUUUUAUUUUUCAGAUGUUUGGAAUAGCUCAACAGCUCUUCCAAGAGUUCUCGGAAAAAGAUGCUUUCAAACUUCAUCAGUCGCCAAUUUCCCAUCUUUUGACAAAGAAUUUGAAAAAGCCAAGGAACGUUUAAACUCAUUGAAAGAGGAUCCUGGAAAUGAAGCUAAACUCAAGUUGUACGCUUUGUUUAAGCAGGCAACUGUGGGUCAGUGUAAUACACCGAAGCCUGGAUUGAUGGAUUUUGUUGGUGGUGUUAAAUGGAAGGCUUGGAAAGAUCUAGGAAAUAUUACUCAGGAUGAUGCACAGAAAGCCUACAUCUCCUUAGUGAAUGAGCUGGCUGGGGCUGAACCUCCACCAGAAGCUCAAGUCCAGGGUUCAGGUAUUCAGUAUGAAGGACUCAAGAUUACUAGGGAGGAUGGCAUUUUUACUCUGCAGCUCAACAGACCAACAAAAAAAAAUGCUAUUACCUGGCAGAUGUACAGAGACAUAGGUAAGGCAUUUAAAGAAGCUGCUGAAGAUGACCGUUAUAGGAUAGCUGUAAUAACUGGUUCUGGUGACUAUUACUGUAGUGGCAAUGAUCUGUCAAACUUUGCUAAUAUUUCUAUGGAUCAGAUCCCCAAAAUGGCUAAAGAUGGCAGAAUAGUCUUGCUAGAUUUUGUGAAUGCCUUCAUUGAUUUCCCCAAACCUCUAAUUGCCUUAGUGAAUGGACCAGCUGUUGGAAUAAGUGUGACAACUCUAGGUCUGUGUGAUGUUGUGUAUGCCACAGAGAAGGCCACAUUUCACACUCCAUUUUCAUCCCUAGGACAGUCCCCUGAAGCUUGUUCAUCCUACACCUUCCCAAAACUUAUGGGCUAUGCAAAGGCCAAUGAAAUGCUUCUGUUUAACAAAAAAAUAACUUCUGCUGAAGCAAAAGAAAGAAACUUGGUGUCUGAUGUUUUCCCCGACUCUACAUUUGCCACUGAAACAGCUAACAGAGUUCAGCAAUUUGCCAAGUGUCCACCACAGAGUUUGAAGUUGACUAAAAUAUUAAAUCGACAAUGUGAGUUACAAAUGCUGAAAACUGUCAAUGAGCAAGAGUGUCAACUACUGGAGGAACGCUGGCAGUCUAAGGAGUGCAUGAAUGCCAUUGUGGCCUUUUUUUCAAGAAAAUAACACUAAUAGUUAGUUUAGAACUUCAAUUGUUUAGUAGAAAAUGAAAAAUGGGGAGUGAAAUGUGACCUGCAAGAACAUCUGAGUUCUAGUGUAUUAUUUAAUGCUAUAUAUAGGAUAAUAUAUCAAUAUAUUUUUGACAUAUGUUUACACCUUAAGAAUAAAUGUCUAAUAAUUUGUUGCUGUUUUGUUUUUUAAAUGUUAAAUAAAAUAUUUUUUUCUUGCAUUCUGAGAAAGUGAUUGUGAUAUAGAUGACAUUUCACACUAUAAAAUACAUUUUAAUUUGUGAUGGUUUGUUUUUGUUAUAAAUAUAAUGCUGCCAUAAUAUAUUUGUAUAUCAUUUUUAUGUAUUUUUGAAAAUAAAAUUCUAUUCUAAGUGAAAAACUAAAUUUUUUUUUUUAAUUAAGAUUUUUGUUGUUUAAUCACUAAACACUAUCAAAACACCUCAUAUAUUAUUAAGAAUUCUCUGGUUAAUCUCUUUAAUUAAUCAAUAAGUUGUGCUAAAUAUUACCUGCCCACCAAUGUAAACAAAUGCUAGUGUUAAAUUUACUGAUACCAAAAUGAAGCUCAGUUUCAAUAACAGUAUUAUUCUUAAGAGUGAAGUGAGGUGUUUCUUUCUUUAAAAAAAAGCUGCUCGCAUAUCUAUGACGAUGUAAACAAUGCACAUUUCUCGAAGCAUAGUUUGUCCAUCACUGUUUUAGAUCAUGGUCCAUAAUUAGCCCAUCAUGUCCAUACAUUACUGGGAAAACAAAUAUAAGUCAGGCUUGUAUAUGCUGGGAAAUGCUCUUAUCCAAUGAUGCCCAAAUUAAGGAUUGCAGACCACAGCCAGCCUGUGAUACUGUGCUAGCUGGCUACAUCAGCACACAGUGACAAAAAUCAGCAUGUUUAAAAAAAAAAUGUAAAAAAAACAAAAAAACUUUUUCCUACUUUGCAUUGUCUCUUUUGUCUUUAUUCAAUAAAUUUACUUCUGUGGCAUUCUAA